UUAGGGAUUCUUUCAACUCUGGGAAACGGGUAUGUUAUCUUUAUGUCCUCAAAGCGAAAAAAGAAGUUAAGACCUGCUGAGAUCAUGACUGUUAAUUUAGCGGUGUGUGAUCUGGGCAUUUCAGUUGUAGGAAAACCCUUCAGUAUCAUUUCCUUCUUUUCUCACCGCUGGAUCUUUGGAUGGAUGGGCUGCCGCUGGUAUGGAUGGGCUGGCUUCUUCUUUGGCUGUGGGAGCCUUAUUACCAUGACAGCUGUCAGUCUGGAUAGAUACCUAAAAAUCUGUCACUUGGCUUAUGGUACCUGGCUUAAGAGACACCAUGCCUUUAUCUGCCUGGCACUAAUCUGGACCUAUGCGACCUUCUGGGCUACAGUGCCUUUUGCUGGUGUGGGAAGCUAUGCUCCUGAGCCCUUUGGGACCUCGUGCACCCUGGACUGGUGGCUGGCGCAGGCUUCAGUGGCUGGGCAGGCUUUCAUUCUCAGCAUUCUUUUCUUUUGCCUCCUGUUUCCAACUGCAGUGAUUGUGUUCUCCUAUGUUAAAAUCAUUUUAAAAGUCAAGUCGUCCACCAAAGAGGUUGCUCACUACGACACCAGGAUCCAGAACAGCCACAUACUUGAAAUGAAGCUGACCAAGGUGGCAAUGUUGAUCUGUGCCGGAUUCCUCAUUGCCUGGAUCCCCUACGCCGUGGUCUCUGUGUGGUCAGCCUUCGGACAGCCGGAUUCAGUUCCCAUUCAGUUCUCGGUGGUACCAACUCUGCUUGCCAAGUCGGCUGCCAUGUACAACCCAAUUAUUUACCAGGUCAUUGAUUGCAAAUUUGCAUGCUGCCGGUCAGGUGGGCUGAAGGCACUGCAGAAGAAGAGCUCUUUGAAGGAAUCGAGGAUGUACACCAUAUCUUCACACAGGGAUUCAGCAGCACCGAGUGAAACCCAACUGGAAGUGUGAAGGCUUGUUUCACAGCGAGGGAAAACCUGAUGACAAACAAUCACACCAUUGCAAAUCCGUCUUCCUGUGAAUAAAUUAAAACAAUGACAGUUUUUUUUUUUUUACUUCUCAGUCAUAUGUACAAUGUAGUUCUUUCCAUACCAACUAAAACAGGGUGAUUAGAGCCAGGUGAAUGUUUUAAUUAUUCAGAGAAGAGGAAAGAGAGAAGAUUCAUUUGUAUAAAAGAAAUGGAUCCGCUUCAGAGCCUUUGAAAUAUGUUUUUUGUUUCAUAGAAGCACAGAAUGGUUUGAGCAGGAAGGGACCC